AUGGAUACAUCACCGGCACAAACACCAACGAGUACUACCGAUAUUCAACAUCAACCAAUAUUAUCACUGCCAACACUAUCAAAUACUAUUAUCCCUAUUCAAACUCCUAAAAAAACGACACCUGAUUUUCAAUUUUAUCAUGAUAAAUUUAUUCAAACAUUUGAAAAAUGGCAAGACUUUGAACAAAUUAAAUUUGUUGAAACGUUACUUAAACAUAUGUCACAUUACCAGCAUGGACAAGUCAAUUCCUAUCUAUUACCAAUGUUACAACGUGAUUUUGUUGGACAACUAGCAGCUCGAGGCCUUGAACAUAUUGCCGAAAAAAUUUUAACCUAUUUAGAUGACACUUCAUUAUCAGCAACCGAAUUAGUGUGUCGAGAAUGGUAUCAUGUUGUUUCAGAAGGUAUGUUAUGGAAAAAAUUAGUUGAACGAAAAGUUCAAAGUGAUUCAUUGUGGCGUGGUUUAUCGGAGCGUCGUGGUUGGUCACGUUACUUAUUUCGUCAAAUAUUACAAAACGGUGAACAACAAAAAGCACAUGAAUUUUAUCGUCAUUUAUACCCACAAAUAUGUAAAGAUAUUGAACAGAUUGAAACAAAUUGGCGUACUGGAAAUUUCACAUUACAUAAAAUUCAAUGUCGAUCACAAAAUAGUAAAGGUGUCUAUUGUUUACAGUAUGAUGAUGAAAAAAUUGUUAGUGGACUAAGAGAUAAUACAAUAAAGAUAUGGGAUCGUAAAACAUCAGAAUGUACAAAAGUUUUAACUGGACACAAUGGUAGUGUAUUGUGUUUACAAUAUGAUGAAAAAGUUAUUAUCACAGGUUCAAGUGAUUCAACAAUACGUGUAUGGAAUGUGAAAACGGGUGAACUAUUAAAUACAUUAUUACAUCAUUGCGAAGCUGUUUUACAUUUACGAUUUACGGAUGGAACAAUGGUAACAUGUUCAAAGGAUCGAAGUAUAGCCGUUUGGGAGAUGGUAUCACCCACCGAUAUCACCAUUCGUCGAGUUCUCGUUGGACAUCGAGCAGCUGUGAAUGUUGUCGAUUUUGAUGAUAAAUAUAUUGUUAGUGCAAGUGGAGAUCGAACAAUCAAAGUGUGGGAUACAACAUCGUGUGAAUUUGUUCGAACGUUAUUGGGUCAUAAACGUGGUAUAGCUUGCCUGCAAUAUCGUGAUAAGAUUGUUGUAAGCGGUAGUUCAGAUAAUCAUAUUCGUAUAUGGGAUAUUGAAUGUGGUGCAUGUCUACGAAUAUUAGAAGGCCAUGAUGAGUUAGUGCGUUGUAUUCGAUUUGAUUCAAAGCGUAUUGUCAGUGGAGCAUACGAUGGUAAAAUAAAAGUAUGGGAUUUACAGCAAGCACUCGAUCCACGAUCACCAACACAAUCUCUAUGUAUUCGAACAUUAACCGAGCAUACCGGUCGUGUGUUUCGUUUACAAUUUGAUGAAUUUCAGAUAGUGAGCAGUUCACAUGAUGACAGUAUAUUGCAAUUUAAUUUUUUAACAACAAACAACAAUAAUAAUGAUCAACAAAAUUAG